CUUGAGUUUGCUGUUUAUCCUGUCAUCCUCUCUUCUUCUCUGCUAGUAUUGUCUGCACGGAAGAGCAGAAAACACCAAGAUGAGCAGCUCUUCGAAUCGUGCUGCCAUUGUCGGACGGCCCUACUUUUGGGGCAGGGAUCCGCACGACGGUAUGAUUUCCGUAGUGGCGUACGUACACGGCUCUUUCUUAAUCGUGUUCCACCUUCUCGGCGGACUCUACGCUCCCAGCGGAAACGGAGUUUUCCUGUAUUUUGGGCUCAAUGUCGGUCCAACCUCCUCCUCUUCAUCAUCAGGGGUACUUGCGAAUCCGAAUGGUAAACCGGCUUUAAGCGGGUACUCGAACUUGGAGAAUUAUGGCGGAAUUUUAACAGUUCUGCUAACUCAUACUUUGUUAGGCAUGCUGGGCUCUUCUUAAAUGGCUUUUGCGGAUCCUCCCGAAUUCUUGGUUGUGGAGAGUAGAAGCAGAUGAAAUAUGUUCAUUCUCAGGAUUCGAGAAAGCACAAGAUAGUAGGAGUUCCAGUAGAAGAAUCCGGAAAAGUCCCCCUACAGUUGCUAUUUCUGAGGAUAUGUAUAUGUAUCUAACCGCCUAUCCUAAGAAAAGUAACUGAUGUUGCCGUCUCCCUCAUGAUUAUGAUAAAUAUCGGUUUUCGACGCCGAUCUUAUCACAAAAGCUGCUGUGCAAGGGAACGCGGUCUAUCAUUUUCUUCACUUGGUAUUCCAUGGACGGAAUGUCAUUGAAGGAGGACAUCAUGGAUCCGGGGUCUUGAUUCAUUUCUAAUCCAGAUUUUCUUGAGCACGGUGGAUUCAGAUCCUUGCUGGUAAGAUCAUGCAAC